AAGGGAUAUGGCCCUCUGGGAAAUUCCGUAAAUUCUUUUACAUUGAUAAUUCUCUUUCGACGUCCACGAAUAUGACUAAUGUUGUUUAUUUGAGCAAACUACUAUUUCGGUUGCGAAUUGAAAAAUCCAAGGCGGCAUCACUUCGCUUGUAUAUAACCAGCGAGGCUUAUUUCUCCAUCAAGCCACCAAAUUCUGAUGUGAUUGAAACGAUUCUCUUUGUGGUUCACGAGAUGCCUGAAGCCGGAGUACUUCAGGGAUUAGAAGGAGCUUUGAUAUCAACAGUCCAUGCCCUUGGAGCUGAAGCCGGUACUCUUGGAAUGACUCUGUCUCUGUCCCAAACGGAAGAAGACGUUCUGAGAAGUAUUUUAUAUACUGUGGUUGUUUUGAAGAGCGUACGAAUUCUUUGGAUGAACUGGAAUCAAUGUCAGCACGAUGUAUUUUUUGUUGACUGGUCGGAAAUGGACUCAACUGCUUCAGGUGAAGCAACAUCAAGAGCUAACAGUUUGAACUGGAGGUCCGUGCUGUUGUCUAAGGAGUGGUUGGCGAUGCAGACAAGACGUCGAGUGUCGCCACCAAUGACCGUAGUGAUGACUCUCCUACUGCUACAAAUCUUAGGCGGAUGGCGUGUAUAUAUUCCGAAGAGUCGAGGAUACUACUGGGCAUACGACGCAAUUGUGUGGUGGUCUUCAUAUGGUGCACUGUUUGUCAUUAAUUGGAUAAAAUAUAAAAUAUUUGGAUAUAAUCCUACUGAAAAGAUUUCAAAAAUAUGUACUGGCGUCAAUAUGUCACUGCUCGUCUUUCAGGAAGAAUAUUACGCGCACUAUGUACACGGCAGGGAUGAAUUAGAUGGACUCGGAAAAUUUUCAGGUUCUCUCACAUUUUGUCGCAUUGUGUGUGCAGCUCAGUUUAGAGAUGCGUACAAAAAAUUAUCAAACACGCAGCAUACUUUACACCAUCAAGACGAUCCUGUUUCGAAUAAAGUUAUUCUUUCAAAGUUUAUUGCAGCUUUUAUAGAGAGGGCCCUAGAUGGACUGAAUUGGGUUGCAAGAGAAAGAAGCUUAGCAGAAACACUUCUUAACAUAGAGUUAAUGAACACAGAGGGUUCAAACACGAGCUGGAUGUUGUAUGACGCCAGCAGCACUCCAUCAUGUUUUGAUGUUACUUGGUGGGGUGAAGAGUGGACCUUAAUAACGUUUGAAGCAAUGCUGUUUGGAUGUUUAUCGAAUGCAUUCAAUAGUUCACUAACGUCUGCUCUUACAACGAUUCUCACGUGGCAGAUUGGAAAGAACAUCCGAGAUUGGCUUUCGUACAAGAAUCUUAUGAAGAAAAUUAAUGUUCAAAUGUGAAUGAUGAACUUUUCUGUUAAAUGUGUUAUAUUUUAUUGCUUUUUGUGUGUAAUAUGUGGACAACGAUCAGGUGAGAGUGAGCAGAUUAAACUUAUCGACGAAGAAACAGAUAUUCAAUAUGUCGAUCGUGAAUUUAUAUUUCGCCCGAUUACGGCUGCAACAACAACGACCAAACCGAAAGGACCCAGAGGUCCACUUUUCAAUUUUAUUAUUAAUAUAUGUGAGGCUUUACUUGAAGACUUUCAUAACUCCCGUAUUCCUGGAUUUAUUGAAGCCCUUGGAAAGAGUUUGAAAGGCUCAGGCUUAGAAGAUUCAAUGAAACUUAUUGUGAAGCGAUUUUCUAGAUUACUAUUGAAAUUAUCCAUGUUUUCUGGUCGACUAAUAAAGACAAAAGUAAGGCAAUUUCUCAACUUUAUCACGAAUGAAAAACCUCGAAGACACGAUUUAUUUGUAACUCUAAACGGAUUGUUUGAUAUUUAUAGGGACAAUAAAUUAGAUGAUUACAUAUUUGAAAUGAAAAAGUAUGGAUAUAAGCAUAAGCGUCAUAUUUAUUUGCCAACAAAAAAAAUAUUUAGAGAUUUAAUAUUCCGUACAAUUACUAAGCAAGAUGAUGAAACCAGAAAAAUUAUUGAAUACCUUUUUAAACUGGCUGUAAUUGAAUACAUGCAGGACCGACAUAAAGACGAUAAGAAAAUUUAAUUGAAUAGCAUAGGCAAAAAUCAUAAACUUUCUAAUAGUUAAGCAGCUGGAAUGUAUUUCCAACAUUCAUUAAUCUCUAUAUGUUUUAUUAUUGCUACAGUCAUUGUUGUUUCUAUUGAGAAUGAUAUGAUAAAUCUAAAAUCCAAUAACAAUAUAAAGCAAGAGCCAGAAAUUUUGCGAACAAAUGAAAUUUUUCCGACAUUUAUCAAACAAUAUUUGGAUAUACUUGGUUUAUUUCCCGGGAAAAAAAUAAAGAAAUAUUGCAAGAUUUUAUAUAAGCAAUUAAAAAAGUCUCGAUAUCCAUAUGCCAAGAAAUUAGGUAGAUAUUCGAGAAGACUCUCAGAAAUGUAUCCAGAAGAAAUUAAGGAUGAAUUACAAAGUCUAAGAAGUUACCUUGAAAAAAACUGGGUUACUAGAGAUGAUUUUUUCAAUGCAAUCGCCGAAGCUUUUACUUUGAGGGAAAAAAUUAUCUUCGAUGAUUAUAUACAGGACUUAAACAAUUAUGCACUUAAUUAUAAAUUAUUUAUUAAUGACGAAACAAGGAAACUGUUAAACGAUAUCAUUAUCGGAAGUGUUUUAAAGUUAAGUACAAAAACACAAAGUGAAAUUGUACGGACAUUAAAUAAAGCUGUUAAAGAAUUUAAAGCAAUGUACAAUGGAUCUGUUUUUAUAAUUUAAGAUUACUUUCAAUAAACCUACUUCAUCAAUAACUUGAAUUAA